AAUUGAAGAUAAAUCGAUACUGACGAAAAAGACCAAAAAGGGCUUGAAUAUAGCAAAAUAUUCGGACAGGAUCAGCUUGUACUUAAUCAAAGUGUCCGGAUUUCUCUCCAACUUACAUUUGACUCUGUAAAACCCACCCCUGAUACACCUAUACUUAUGAUCUUUCUCUUUUAUACAUUCCUAAUGUCAAACAAAACACCUCCAUAGAGACAUUUCUUUCACUUUCUCCAUGGCUGAUAGUGCCCAAGUAGUACCCGUUGAGGAACCAGCUGCAACCACCACCGCCACGGCAACCGCAAUAACAACAACGAGUGAGCCAGAAGCAAAAAGCUCCGACCAGAUGGAGUCACAAAGCGAUAAGCCACCCGCUGGAACAUUGGUCACAAUCAUGAACCUUUUCGCCAUCGGUGUACUUCCCAUCUGCACCUUCUUUCUAUCUCUUACACUCCUCGGCUACGCUGUGUGGCUCCUCUACAUGCGUAGCUACGACUGCGAAGAUAUCCUCGGUCUGCCACGUAUCCAGACAAUCGCGAGCGUCGGUCUCCUCGCCGUCUUCGUCGUCAGCAAUGUAGCUCUGUUUCUCCGACGGAAGUUUCCGAUGCCAGCACUCGUUGUGAUGUUUGUGAUCCUUUUGCUAAUGCUAUUCAUCGGUCUGGCGUACGCCGGAGUCAACGAGAUGCAGACCAGGCGGUUUCCGGCGACUGGGACGUGGUUUAAACUCAAAGUGAUGGAUAAUGUAAACUGGAACAAUAUCAAAUCGUGUGUCUACGAUAAAGGUGCAUGCAACGAGCUUGUUUAUGGAUCUCCAAAAGAUAAACCUUAUAAUAGAAGAAAAUUGCCACCAAUAAAGAAUGGAUGCUGCAUGCCUCCAGAGACAUGCAACAUGGACGCUUUAAACACGACGUUUUGGUAUAGAAGAAAAGACGAGGGACAACCAUUGAAGACGGAGGUGCUGUACGGGGGCAUGGUCGGAAGACUAAGUGACUGUCAGCUGUGGAGGAAUGAUUGGAGCGUGUUGUGUUAUGAUUGUAGGUCUUGCAAGUUAGGAUUCGUAAGAUCUGUAAGGAGGAAAUGGUGGCAGCUAGGUGUCUUCUUGAUAGUCAUCUCCAUUCUUCUUCUCAUCUCUCACCUAUUGAUCUUCUUGGCCACCUUUUGGGAACGUUUCAAGGGUUAAUCACCAUCA